GUCUCGAUCAUGGGUCUACUUGAUCGGAGAUGACGAAGACCGUCGCCUGCGCCACCACCGCCAACGAUAAUAAAAACAAAAUUAAUAACAACAACUGAAUUAUAAACAUAAAAAUUGAAUAAAAUAUGAAAAAAAAAAUUUGAAAACGUCUUUAAAUUUUAUUAGAGCAAUACAAUAGAUUGUUUAGUCUUUUUUUAAUAUCGGAACUAUAUUUGACUCCACACCGUACUAAACAGAUAUGGAGAAUAACCAUGUGAACGAAGGGUUAGAAGAAAUUGAAGACGAAAUUGUAAAUAUAAACGAAGAAGACAUCGAUCGAGUUAUCGAUGUCGAUGAUAAUGAAGAAGACUUCAAUGAUAUCACAGAAGAUGCAGGGGCUGAGGGCGAAAUUGAAGAUGUGGAAAUGUUCGAACCAGUUUCGGACUCAUCAAAAUUGACAUUUGAGAAACACACAGAUGUUGUCUACUGCAUAUCUCUGCAUCCCUCUGGCCUGAAGAUGGCAGUCACCGGGGGACAAGAUGACAAAGCUUAUCUGUGGGACAUUGAAAAUGGAAACAUAAUUUUGGAAUGUAAAGGACAUAAAGACUCAGUGGCAAGUGUUGCCUUUAGCUUUGAUGGUAUUUAUGUUGCUACAGCUGACCUGAGUGGUCUUAUCAAAGUCUGGAAAGUCAGCAGUAGAGAAGAAGUGUGGUCUUUUGAAUGUGAUGAUAUUGAGUGGAUCCAAUGGCAUUCCCAUGCUCAUGUGUUGCUUGCUGGAACUGCAACUGGCCAAAUUUGGAUGUGGAAGAUACCAUCUGGAGACUGUAAGACUUUCACUGGCCCCAACAGUACAGUAACAUGUGGAAGAAUAUUACCUGAUGGUAAACGAUUGUGUGCUGGUUUUGAGAAUGGAAUGAUGAAGAUUAUUGAAUUGAAAGACCAGACAAGUUUGCACUCUUUGAAUGUUCAUUCUGAAUGUAUCACCUGUUUAGACUGUCACAGUGACAAUAACCUGGUCAUCAGUGGUUCUUCUGAUUUAACCUGUCACAUUACAAAUAUCAACAAUGGCAAGGUUGUAUCUUCUGUGAUCUGUGAUAACAAUUCUCACAAUGCCAACAUGGAUAACUCAGUGGAAUCAGUGGCUUUCUCCAAAACACAUCCUUGGGCUGCUGUUGGUACACUUGAUGGAACCAUAUACUUGUGGGAUGUCCAAGCUGGAAAAUUACGGAAUAAAUGGCAAUUUGAUGGAUCUUUAGUGAAAUUAAAAUGGCUAGAGAACAGUCCACAGUUAUUCACUGCAGGCCUUGAUGGUAUCAUACGACUCUGGGAUACUAGAGACGGUUUACUGAGUAAACAGUGGCAUGGACACAGAGCUGCUAUCAUGGAUUUUGAAAUAUCAAGUGAUGGCUCCCUAAUAGGAAGUGUAUCUCAAGACAAAACAGCCAAGAUUUUCUCUAUGAAUUCUUCCACUUAAAAUUCCAACAAUGACAUUUGGUUUGAAUAGACAUGAAAAAAAAAUAACAACAACCAAACAAUUGCAAAUAAGAUGCAAAGAUUAAAUAAAUAUUUACUUUACAAUCACACAGAUACCAUAUACAAUGGAGAUGUGCAUGCUGGGCUUUCACACAACUUCCAUCUACCAAAUUCAUUCAAGGCAUUUGUUGGCUUAGGGUUAUAGUAGAAGACGACAUGCCCAAGAUGCUGUGUAGUGUGACUGAACCCGAAGCCUUGUGGUUUGCAAAGUGAACUUCUUAACCACACAGCCAUGCCUCCACAAAAAACUCCAAUUCAAGCCUAGCUCUAAGAUGCCGGUUCAGCAAAACAGCCAUUUAGAUUCAGGUUUGCGAAGUAAAUAACAUCCACAAUGGAAAAGAAACAGUUUGUUUCUAUUAUGUGUUAGCUGUUCUGAAUAAUUAAACAAAUAUUAAAGCAUAAACACAUGCUGGCAACCUUUGUUCAUCAUCAAGCAGUGAGUGGCUUGUUAAAUUUGUAUGUGACACAUUGACUCUUGAAAGAAUGAUUAAAAACACAUGGAAAGUUACAUGAAUAAAUUGUAUCUUUAUUUAAAAACCUUGAAACCUUCAGAUGAAGUCUAUAAAAAGAAACUUUUACAAUGGCUAACAAUAUUUUUUCUUUUUUUUUUUUGUUUACUUGGCUAUUACAUGUCUAAAUCUGUAAGUCUAAGAAGAUAGAAUUAUUGCAUAUAAAUGUGUAUCUGUGUGUAUAUGUAAAAUCUAUGCAUAAUGUAGAUAUCUAUGAAUAAAUUGAAAUAACAAUCCUUAUUGCUUUAAAAUUUCUGAGUAACAUUUUUAUUGCUUGAAUCAAGUCAAUAUAUAUGAGAAAAGACAUUUGUAAUGGAUGAAGAUAAUUUUUUUUCUCCAUAAAGUCUAAUUUCACUCUUUAAUUUUUUUUUUUGUGCUAAGAACUUUGAAAAAAAAAGCAUAUACAUAUAUAUAUAUGUAUAUAGAGAGAGCGAGCAAGAUGGAGUUUUAAAUCAAAUGCUCAUUUCGUUAAAAUUUUAAACUGACAUUCUUCAAGAAUCGACCAAAUUUAAUUUUUCACAAGCUAAAUUUAAUAACAAUGAAUGAUACCAGGAAAAAAAAAAAAUCUAUAGUAGCCAAAAAAAAAAAAAAAUUCCCCAAAAAGGCAACAAUGCCCAAAGUUAGUUGAAAUAUUAUAUGUCCAAUUGUUGAAGUCCAUAUUUGCUGAGGAGGAGGAGAAAUACAAAAGUGAAAUCUCUCCUGAUAGCAUUUGUUGAAAAUCUACUUAGAUGGGAUGACUGAGAAAUACACUAUUAUUAGACAGUGAGCAUGGAGUUAAAGCACCAAAAUAUAACAAAACAAUUUUAUGUUGAAGAAAAAUACUAGCAUAACAGCCAUGGAAUUAAACAAAAGGGUUAAAAAAAAAAAAAGAAAAAAAG